AUGAAGUUUGAACUCGGCCUCUCGUUCCUUUUUGUUCCCUUCGUUCUCGCCGCUCCCAGCCCAGACCAUAGUCGGCGAGCCUUCACGCUUGAAACGCUGACUGGCCCCAAUGGACCGCAAAUGUACUUCAAAUUUACAGCAAUUGGGGGAAGUAUCUUCGCCAACAAGCCAAACGAUGACGCCAGAUGCGAGAGAGGUGCUAAGCAAGACUAUGCGACCUUCACGUUGAAGAGCGACGAGCUGUUCCUCUACUCCAAAGGCAGAAGGCGCCAACAAGUCUACGGCACCAACGGCGAGUGUAAGUCUGCCGAACACGAAGAGAGAUAUCUCUUGACCAAAUCUGUAACUGAUGGAUACUCUGUAGUGUUAGGUGCUCUGGGAUACAUAACAGACGGCGAGGAAGCUCCGGAGGGAAGCACACUCAAGGGUUGGGCGAUUGACAGGACUACCAAUGAGGUAAGGCUGAAUGGGAAGCGUUUCAGAGGAUGGACGAACGUCACGACGGGAACACCAGACGACAUCUACCAGAUGUACAUCAGCGAAAUCGAUGAUUUGCCGAGGGAUACACGGCUUGGGGCGGGA